CUCCUGAGAUGAAACACUCCAUCGUGUAGCUUUGGUAUGUGAUGUUGAAUUGAACUUUUUGUGCAUUAUCAGUGCUAGUAUUACUACUGUACUCUAAUAGUUAAAGGCAUUUAUGAUGCCUGCAAGCAGGAUAUUAUUUAUACAUCAUAUUCUGCUGAUCCAAUCCAUUCUUACAACAUCAGCAAUAAAGCUGUAUGUAACCGAUACCAGCAAAAUAUACAGAGAACAGCAAAGAGUUUUUGAAGACCAAAAAAGCCGAAAUUUAUUUGAAAAGAACAUUCUUGAACAUCAAAAUGUCGACGAAGCUGUCAAAUAUGGUUUGGAUACUGUAGAAAAUUUAUUGAGUAUAAAGGAGCCACUUUGGUAUAAAAUGGGUUUAUUUUUGAACACACAUCAUCCUGCUAGUAAAGUUGCUGAAUUUGGAAAACCUAACAAAAGAGCUCAAAAGUUAUCUAACUUUGGAAUGGCGUCACUUGAGGCUACAAGAAAGAUAAUAGAAUCCUUUCCAGAAAAUGUAAGUCGCCAAAUAAACGAUUCACCAAUUUCUUUAAAGUCUAAAAUUCUUGAAGAAGAUUGUCCUCUGAGAGGAAAGCCAAGAUGUCCAUUGUCAUCUAAGAGGUACAGAACUUAUGAUGGUACGUGUAAUAACUUGGAGAAUCCAUGGAGAGGUGCGUCUCUUCUUCCCAUGCAAAGAUUUUUGCCUCCGGUUUAUGAAGAUGGUAUUCAGAGUAUUAGACGGUCCAUAUUGGGUACAAGGCUUCCUUCAGCUAGAGAAAUAAGUACUAACAUACACAAAGACAAGGAUCAGGAAGUGAAUGUGAUCACUUUAAUGUUUAUGCAGUGGGGUCAGUUUAUUGACCAUGACAUUACCUCAGUUGUGAAAUCCAGAGGUUUUAAUGGUUCAGUACCACGCUGUUGUGACAAAUCGGAAAACAAGGUUUUACCAGAACCACUACUACAUCCCUCUUGUCUUCCUAUUGAAGUACCAGAAGACGAUUGGUUCUUUAGUAAAUUUAAGAUUGGAUGCAUGGAAUUUUUAAGAAGUGCUCCGUCCACAAGAAUUAACUGUGAUUUGGGUUGGAGAGAACAAAUCAAUCAAGCAACUUCGUUUAUUGACGGUUCCAUGAUAUAUGGAAAUGAUUUGGAGAGAGCUGACUCGAUAAGAACUUUUAGACAGGGUAAAAUUUUCUACGGUAGACCUCUUAGUGAUAGACCCCUUCAACCUCCAGAUCCACCAGGAGGUGAGUUAUGUAACGCAGGAGCCUUGACAACAGAUUGUUUUCAGCCAGGAGAUGGUCGAGUUACAGAACAGCCUGGACUUACUGCUUUACAUACGGUUUGGAUACGGUACCAUAAUCAAGUAGCUGCUGUGCUAUCGAGGCUUAACUCUCAUUGGAGCGAUGAAAAAACCUACCAAGAAACCAGAAAAAUUAUUUAUUCUCUUAUUCAACACAUCACUUACAACGAAUUUCUACCUAUACUCUUAGGCCCAGAAGUUUUGCACUUAUUUGAACUGGAACUAGGUUUCAAAGGAUUUUAUAAGGGUUAUGACACUAAAAUUAAUCCAAUGAUGGCAAAUGCAUUUAGUACCGCAGCUUAUCGGUUUGGACAUAGUAUGGUACAGAAUUCUUUCAUAAGAACUGACAGAAGACAUCGACCCAUCUUCAACAAUGUCUCGCUUCAUGAAGAAUUCACAAAUUUCGAAAACAUUUGGAGCUUUGGUUCUGUAGAUAGAACGAUUUUGGGAUUUUGUAACCAACCAGCACAACGACGGGAUGAAUUUAUUUGUGAUGAGUUAUCUAAUCAUUUAUUUCAACCCACUGAUAUGCAGUUUGGUAUGGAUUUGGCAGCUAUUAAUAUCCAAAGAGGAAGGGACCAUGGUAUACCGCCUUACACAUCUUGGAGAGAGCCUUGCGGACUCACACCCAUUAAAAGUUGGAAUGAUUUAAAAAAGAUUUUCAGUGUGGAAACAACAAAAAAAUUCCGAAAGGUAUAUCGACAUGCCGACGACAUUGAUCUCUUCAGUGGUGGUUUGGCAGAAAAACCUGUAAAAGGAGCAGUGGUAGGUCCAACCUUUGCAUGUAUCAUAGCUCAGCAGUUUGUUAAUCUUAGGAAAGGAGACAGAUUUUGGUACGAAAAUGGCGAAUUUAUAUCAUCAUUCACUCCAGCUCAAUUACAGCAAAUACGAAGAGCGACAUUAUCAAGUAUUCUUUGUCAAACCAUGGAUGAGAUCGAAACGAUUCAGCCUUUUUCAUUCCUAUCACCAGACACCAACAAAAACAGUAGACUAUCUUGCAAAGAUCCAAUCUUGAAAAACUUUGAUUUGUCUCCGUGGAUUGAAAAUGUUUCUAAUGAUAUAGAAAACAGAUUGUUUUCGAGAGAAGGUUUAGAUGAACUGGAGGAAACAGCAUCGGAACGGAAAAGGAAAACGAAACUGAAGUAUAAAAAACCGAAGCCGAAACCAGAGACAACUGUGAGUAAUACCCAUACGGUUAUUAUUCAGAAUACUAAAGGUUCGGAAAGUUUGAAAGUAAGAAAAACCACAGAGAGACCUUUUGAAGUUAAUAUUAAAAUAGAGUAUUAUCCUACAAAAACACCAUCUCCUGUAAUAAUAAACAAGAGAGGACAAAUAAAUAGACCUACUUCGAACUACGAAGAAGAAAAACCAGUAUCAUAUCCAGUCUUCAUUCAAUCUCCUUCAGUUCAAACUUACAAUAAACCUCCUAGUAAUAAACCAACAUUCACUGUCAGCAGACCUACUUUUACUAUAACUGGUGCCAGUGAUGAUAACGAAUACGGUUUAGACAACUACAGACCUCCGCAGAUGUUUAGUAGACCUUCAGCUGAUUCCUACAGCUCUGCCAAUUAUAGACCUUCAGCAAAUACGUAUAACUCUGCCAGUUAUAGACCUUCAUCAGAUUCUUACAACUCUGCCAGUUAUAGACCUUCAGCAGAUUCGUAUAGCUCAGUCAGCUACAGACCUGCAUAUGAUUCAAGCUCAGUCAGUAGCAGACCAAACAACAUUUACGAUGGUUUUUACGAUCGACCAAGUGGAUAUGAUAGGCCAAGUAGCUCGUUUAACAAUCCAGUUAGUUCUUACGAUAGACCUGGUACGCCCUAUAAUCAACCGAGUAGUUCAUUGGACUACGACGAAGUUAUAUUUGAAGACAGGCCUUUUGCUACUUCAAAUAAACCAAAUGUCUAUAGACCCAAUGCAAACCAUCACAUGUUUAAUCAAAUAUUUAUUACCAAGAGGCCUGUCCAGAGUACUUACGAUGAUGAUAUUCAAGGGUACUUCUAUAAAAACAAGUACGACAAAGAAACUAGUUUAGGACAAGAUCGUCCAAUUAAAGUUUAUUCUACAGGAUAUGUCCAAAAGUUACAUCCAAGUGAUAUCAGCGAUAAAUUAGAUUUCAAGUCACACUUGGUGAACAAAAAUGAUAACAAACUGAUUAAAAUAUCUUCUAUUAAGUCUCACGCUAGCGUAUCUGGAAAUUCUGCUAUUAUUAAUGCAGUUCUACAGCGUGAAGGAGAUGAAGAUAUUAUUGACGAAGAGUCCAAUAUGUUGAGAUUGGUCGAUCUGGAUGUUGCUCCCAGUGAAAAUAAUGACAAAAGCUGGUUGUUGUUUGAAGAAUCCAAGUCGCUGGGUACUAGAUUAAGUAUGCCACAUAUGAAUAUACAAACCAUAUCUAGUGAUGAAAUUCCACGGCCACUUAAAAGUUGGAACAAAGAAUAGAAAUAAUUAGACCAGAACUGCUAUAGACGUAUGUAAAUUAUUUAUUAAUAUAGAUAUUAAUUUAAAUAGCGAUCCAAUGUUUUACUAAAGAAAUAAAAUAAUACAUUACCA